AAAAGCUUUUGGUUUGUUUUUUUUUUAAAAAUGGACCAGGUCUGGCCGGAUUUGGGCCAUACCCGGCCCAACCUACAUUCAUAAGCUCCAUCAAAAUAACCUAGCAGCCAACAAAUUGAGAGAGAAAAAUAAACGAGGGAGACGCGGAGAGUAAAAAGGGGUCGACGACCGGAGUCACGGCCACCACCGCCGCUUCUCCACUGUCACGGCCAGAGCCUCAUCACUGCUCGCCAUCGCCGAUCGGAGGUCUCCCGUGUCCCGCAACCACCAUCGCCGCUCGUCUCUACCACGACCAGUGGUCGGCCGGCCGUAGCCGUCACCAUCACAGUCCAACGAGAUAAAAAAAACCAAGCAAGUGGCGACGAGGAGGACUGUUGCCGCCGCCUUCCUCCGCUGGAGCACCACCGUGACCCGCCAUAACCGCCGCAAACCUCUAGCGGAUUGCAGUCGGAGGGUGAAUCGUUCGAGAUUCGAGGCGCCGAUCAGGACGCCGGUCGAAGACAAAAAGGAAGGUUUGGUUGAUUUUCAGUUUUGAGUUUGUGAUGUGGCUUAAUCGUUCAUCGAUUGAAGGCCGCCAUCUCCGGUAGCCGAGCAGCGCCGUCUCACAGACCGCGGUCGCCAGGUUGUAGGGAAAGAGUAAAGGGAUAGAGAGAACAAAGAAUAGAGAGAAAGUGGUUUCAUUCCAUCAUACAUGUACAAGUUACAAAGGACAUAUAUAUAUAACAGUAGUAAUAAUAACAAUCAUAAUGGUGACCGUUACAACAGUUACAAAAUAAUGGCCACUAAAUACAUUUCUUUAUAACAGCUGAUCUUCCCCAGAGUUCAACCAUGUCAGCCUCCAUGUUCAUAACCCUCAUACCAAUUAUACUCUCCUUCUUCUAUCCUACAUUUCUUGAAGCACAGAGUGGGCUUCUUCCUGAAGAUGAAUUAAAUGCACUGAAGGAAAUAGCAGAUCAAUUGGGGAAGAAGGAUUGGGAUUUCAGUGUAAAUCCUUGUGACAAGAAAUUUAACCAGAUGAAACCAAUAGGGAAUGGCAUGCCAGAAUAUGUGUACAAUAAUUCUAUCAGUUGCAAUUGUAGCUUCCCUGCUGGUAUUUGCCAUGUUGACGCCAUAGUUUUGAAAGCACAGAGUCUGCAAGGUGUCCUUCCUCCUUCAUUGGCGAAGUUACCCUUCAUCAAGACAAUUGAUCUGAGCCGAAACUACUUAAGUGGUACAAUUCCUCUUGAAUGGGCUUCUACCAAAUUGAAAUAUCUGGCUGUUAUUGUGAAUCGAUUGUCGGGACCAAUUCCAAAAUACUUGGGAAAUAUAACGACUCUGGAAUAUUUGGGCUUGGAGAACAACAUGUUCAAUGGAACUGUCCCACCUGAGCUUGGGAAACUUGUCAAAUUAAAAAAACUCUUUCUUGGUGCUAAUUAUCUCACAGGUGAAUGGCCAAAAGAACUUAAUUCUCUUACAAAAUUGAAGGAGUUUAGGCUCAGCAGUAAUAACUUCACUGGGAAACUGCCUAGCUUUCAAGGUUUGGGAAACCUUGAAGAACUAGAGGUUCAAGCAAGUGGCUUUGAAGGGCCCAUACCUGAAAAUAUUUCUCUUUUGACAAGCUUAACAGAACUUAGAAUCAGUGACCUAAAUGGUGGUGGUGUCUCCAAGUUUCCUAUAUUAAACAGCAUGAAAGGACUGAGAAAGUUAUUAUUGAGGAGGUGUAAUAUUUCUGGGAAGAUACCUGAAUAUAUAGCUAAUAUGACAAGCUUGCGACAAUUAGAUUUGAGUUUUAAUAAUCUGGAAGGAGGGAUUGAUGAUCUUCAAAUCGAUAAUGCACACUACAUAUAUCUAACAAGCAACUCGCUUAGUGGGCAUAUUCCUCAAUGGUUUCUAAACCGAGAUCCCAGAUAUUAUGUCGAUCUUUCAUACAAUAAGUUUGAGGACAGUUAUGUGCCACUAAAUUGUCGGGAAAAUGUAAACUUAUUCAAAAGCCAUAAUGGAGGAGAUAAUUCACUAAUUGGUAAGUGUCUAAAGCAAUGCACGAAAGAUUGGUAUUCAUUUCACAUCAAUUGUGGUGGGGGAAAUGUUUCGAUUGGUGACACUACAUAUGAUGCAGAUGACGAUUCUAGCGGCCUUGCAAAAUUUGUUUCAGAAAGAGAGAACUGGGUAACCAGUAAUACGGGAUUUUUUUGGGAUAAAAAUAAAACACUAACUGACUAUACAGCAACAAAUAUAUCUCUUAUCAAGGGAAAAGACUCUGAAAUCUACAGGACAGCUCGCUUGUCUCCUUUAUCUCUGGUAUAUUACAGACGCUGUUUAGCAAAUGGGAACUACACUGUGAAGCUUCAUUUUGCAGAGAUAGUUUUGAGAGAUGACAAUUCUUUUCUAAGUCUUGGAAGGCGCAUAUUUGAUGUUUAUAUACAGGGCGAGAGGAAAUUAAAGGAUUUUGAUAUUAAAGCUGAAGCACAUGGAGCUGAUAAAGCGUUGGUUAAACAAUUUCAAGCAGUUGUCAGAGAUAAAACUCUCGAGGUGCGCCUUGAGUAUGCUGGAAAAGGAACAACAGCGGUCCCAAUUAGAGGAAAUUAUGGCUCUUUAAUAUCUGCCAUUUCUGUGGAAUCUGAUUUCAAGCCUCCCAAAAAUAGAAAGACUGUAAUUAUAGUUGCUGCAAUAGCUUCUUCUUUGUUUCUUAUUUUUGCAAUUCUCUGUUUCGUUGGAUGGAUGAUCUACACUAGAAACAAGACCUCACGGGAAAAGGAACUACAAGGCCUUGAUCUACGAACUGGUCGAUUUACCUUUAAACAAAUUAAAGCCGCAACAAAUAACUUUGCUUCUGCAAAUAAGAUUGGGGAAGGUGGUUUCGGACCUGUGUACAAGGGUACAUUAUUGGAUGGUACAGUUAUUGCUGUGAAACAACUCUCGUCCAAAUCAAAACAAGGAAACCGUGAAUUUUUGAAUGAAAUAAGCAUGAUUUCUUGUUUGGAGCACCCUAAUCUUGUGAAACUUCAUGGGUGUUGUGUUGAGGGAAAGCAGUUGUUGUUGGUGUAUGAGUACUUGGAAAACAAUAGCCUUGCCCAUGCUCUAUUUGGUCCAGAAGAUUGUCAACUGAAAAUAGACUGGGCUACCAGACAAAGAAUCUGUGUUGGUAUUGCAAAAGGUUUAGCUUUCUUGCAUGAAGAAUCAGAAAUAAAAAUUGUUCAUAGAGACAUUAAAGCCACUAAUGUGCUUCUUGACAAAGAACUCAAUCCAAAAAUUUCUGACUUCGGUCUAGCUAAACUUGAUGAUGAAGACAAGACACACCUCAGCACAAAAGUUGCUGGGACAUUAGGAUAUAUGGCUCCUGAAUAUGCAAUGUGGGGCUACUUAACGUACAAAGCUGAUGUCUAUAGUUUCGGAGUGGUGGCACUUGAAAUUGUUGCCGGGAAGAACAACAUGAAGUAUCAACCUGAUGAGGACUAUGUUUGCCUCCUUGAUUGGGCACUAGUUCUUCAAGAAAAUGAAAACCUAAUGGAGCUAAUUGAUCCAAGAUUAGGUUCUGAUUUUGACAAAGAACAAGCUCUCAGAAUGGCCAAAGUGGCUUUGCUUUGUACUAAUCCUUCCCCAGUCCUUAGGCCAUCCAUGUCUGCAGUUGUUAGAAUGCUUGAAGGCCUUGAUGAUGUUCAUGCGUACAAAUCCGAUCAAUACGAAUUCAAUUCUCAAGCAAUGACAGAUCAAUAUGAUGAUAUUCCAGUCGGCUCAAGUGAUUCUCCCUACAAAGUAAAUAUUUCUUCAGAUGCAAGUAAACAAAUGAUGAAAAAUUAUAUCUUUAUUAAAUACAGUAAAUUAUACUUGUAAUAUUCAAUUUUCGUCCCUACAAAGUUAAAAACCUUUGGCAAUAAGCUAAUAUACAUAUUUUUGUCUUUAUA